UCAAAUUGCCAUCGAUUAAAAUGCAAUUGUGUUCUUUGUUCGUAGCUUAUGCCUGCCCAUACCAUAACCUAACCCUACAGCCACCAUGGGGCACCCUGUUCACAACGUUGACAUCAGCAGAGCGCUCGCCCACAUAACGCCGUACACCUGUUCUUCGGUUGUGAGUCUAUGACUAGGCUGGCUGGAGUGUUUGACCAUUUUUAGGUCCUUCCUCUGACACUGCCUCCAAAUGCCAUGUUAAAUUACCAUCAAUAGGUUGACAGGGAUUAAAUCUGACAUAUUUCACGUACAGUAGGGUACUGUAGUCUUUAGCCAACAGGAGUGAAAAUAUAUCAUGGCCUUGGUAUUAUGCACGUACUACUUAUGCAAUGUUGUUUGUGAGCCACUAGGGGUCGGUGUUGUCUAAAGGAAUCCUCAUCUCUCGCUCGGCCCAUAGGAACAAUAAUUAAAACACAGUAAUAAGACCAGUAUCAUAUAAAGUGUUAAACAAACACAGUAUUUUACACGCAUAGAUGUCUAAAUCAAGAGAUCACAUAUUUUAAUAAACACAUCAUUUUGACUUCUGCAUUAAGGCCUAAGCGUUUUGAAGGGAUACAUGAAACUGAAUUACUACUACCGCAAUAAACUGAGCAAUGAAUACUAUGAAAUCACAUAAUAUAGGCUUGUCAUUUUAUACAUCACAUAAUAUAGGCUUUCCAUUUCAUACAUCACAUAAUAUAGGCUUUCCAUUUCAGAAGAUCCUACAGAUUCGACAUUAAACGCAUGUUAAAAUGUACCACUCUACAAAUUGUACUUAUACCUACAUUGUAGAUAAAUAAAAGAUAAGCUCAAAUUGUUAUGAAACUUUUAUUAAUGGACAAACUACCACUCAGCUGAAAUUCAGGACCCAGUACGCUUCUACGGAAAGGGGAGGGGUUUAUGAAUGAUUGACAGGUCAUCAGAGUGCCGUCUACAGUGAAGGAGAAAUGAAAACUAAAGCUUGUCGCCGAGACUAUUACUGAAAAAUUGAUUUGCUUCUGUUGAUUCUGCAUUACACAGCAGUUAGGCGAUCAAAGGAUGUAGCUAUAUUUAACAGUCAUUUACGCCUUGAAGCCUUUCCAGUCGAGCCGAUAAUGCUUAAAACGAAGCUGCCCAUGAGAACCGCGGAGGCAGGAGAUGAUACGGCCGAGGAACAGCCGGAUCUCCAUAUUCCCAGAUCGGUCUCUCCCACGAUCUCCGAUAGGCUCGAAGAUUCAUCCAGACACCCAGGAUAUCCAUCUCAAUUGGACAAAGAGGCCGUUUUCGAGUGGUUUGGUUUGCAUCUAAAUCCUGCCAAGCGGAUCGAGUUCAUGUGCGGACUGCUGCAUAUGUGCCAGCCGCUCGAACUCCGGUUUUUGGGCUCCUGUCUGGAAGACUUGGCACGGAAAGAUUACCCAAUUCUACGGGAUGUCGAGAUCAGGGCGAACUGUCCGAAUGAUUUGGGCAUUUUAUCUGAUGUUAUCGACCCGGUGGUGCGCUCCAAACUGCUGGUCUGCUUAUCUCUUCUGCGAUCUGACAGCAGGGAGUGUGCGGGAAUACUAUUUCAGAUAUUGAACCAUAUGGAUCCCUCCUUGUUCUACAAAAACUAUCCCGGUUAUUCUGUUUCUCCCUUCAGGGACCCGUUCCAUCCUUCGCGUGUGGACGGGAAAACGUUCAGGAGAACAGAGCAUAUUUGCGGGCGUCCAAUAGAGGAAGCAGUCGGACCCUUGGAGCAGUUUGCGUUGCUUUUUACUAUGGCUUCGUUGCAUCCGGCGUUUCCUUUUCAUCAAAGAGAAACCCUUCUAGUGCAUCUGGACAAAAUCAAAUUUGCCACAGAGGAUAGACAGCAGAAUCGGUACAGAAUAAACGCCCAGGUAACAUUGAUUAAUAGUUGGUUAGUUUGUUAGCUGACUUAACUUUCAAGAGUUUUGGACCUGUGGUCUGAUGCCGAUAGCGAGCUAUUUAUUGAAGUUUGAAUAUUAUAUCUAGUUGGCAAAGAGUACUAUGAAUUAGUCAAGA